AUGUUGAAGCAAGGCGGCGUGCCCAAGGCACAACACCAGCAUCGUCAGGAGGCCCAAACUACAUCCUUGCUGCGGGGAGGGCUCAUACUCGGCAGACAACUGCAGCGACAGAAUCCCCAGCAGGGUCUUGCGCGCGCGGAUGCGUCAAAAUUUGCGGAUCAGGAUGAGGUAAGGCCACCCAUGAGAUGGAGUAGUGGGCUUUCAGAGACUUACAAGGGCUGGUUCCAGGACGGGUCACUCGCAGCGCCCUACUAUAGGACCGGUAAAAUGGAGGUGCAGAUGCAGUGUUGGCGCAUACCGUCCGUCGGUCCGCUCUCUGGAAACCUUGGGCCCAAUGUCUCGACCAGGUUCGUGCAGGCGGAAGUGCAGGCGGAAGUGCUGGCGGAAGUCGGAAGAGAGGAGCUGUGGUGGCACCUACUAUCUACACUGGUGUAA